UACGUAUUCGUGUUUGUGUUUUGACAUAUUUUUUUUUGCUAGAAGCAUCUUUUCCACAGUUUCAGACAAAAUUUCGUCUGAUUUUCUUAAAAUUUAAACGUGAUAAAAACGAUGAUGUACAACAUUUCAAGAUUAACCAUAUCAUCUCGAACAACAGAGAGUCGUGGUGCGAUUAGAGAGGCUAACUCUUGAAGACGCGAAGUAUAUAAAUCAAUAGUCAAAUUAUUUUAAUUUUUGCAACAUAAGAUAUUAAAGUUAACUUAAAAUUUUAACCAGUAAACACCUUCGUUCAAAUUUCACACCUUACCUGUUACACUUAAUUCCUUCUUUCAAAAUUGUUGUUAUACAUCGUCGGAUCGAUGUAAAAAUCGGUUUGUCUAAUUUUAAAUUCAAACACAAUGACAAAAAAAGUGUUUAUUCAUUUCAUUUAACCGAUGCUUUUGAAAUUAAUGCCAAAAAGCCAAACUUUGUACAUAUAAAUACUAGAAAAGUUUCUAUUAACUGAAAACAUCAUCGUUUAAGUAAAAAAGAUUUUUUUUUUGUUCAAUUUGUUUCGAUCGCUGCCAUAGUUAGAUACUAUGCACAUUUUGUUUUAAUUUGCUGCAAAUUUUAAUCCUAAAUUACACGCCGUAAAUUUCGUUCGUAAAACUUUUUCCGUUCGCAAACUGCACUUGACAAAAAGAAAGUAAUUUUUAGUGAACUUAAACAGUAGAGGUUUAGUGUCAUUAGUGCUUUCAUCCUGCUGUGUUGUAAUUGAGUGUUGACUUCAAGAGGGUAUACUGCAGUGCAUACUAAAUACUAAAUAGCCACAAAAUGACGGAUCCGGAAAGUAUUUCAUCUGGCCGAUCGUUGCCAGUUUGGAUGAAAAUGAAACCAGACAUUAAAUUCGACAUAGACGGAAACACGUUCUCGCCACCAGCGCAUGAAGAUCAAUUUUUCUACAUUCGAUAUCCGAAUGCUGACAACAAAACAGACAAUCAAUCCGGUGUAAAAUCACUUACCGAAGCGCUAAAAGAUUUAAAUACUACCAGUGCUUCAGCAUCAACAUCAUCGUCGAUUGGUCAAACCAAUUUGCCGAAACAACACACAGAUUCGUGCAAGAAAUACUUGAGCAGCGUUGAAAAGGAAUCAUCUACGGCACGUUUCGUAGAAGUUAAGAAUCCAUCGAAACCAUUUGGCACCGACGACGGAUUCAAAGGAGCUGGAGCAGCUUGUGGAAGUUCAAUUGUAAAAGUGGCACGACAAAUGGUAUCUGGUAAAUCACUGAAUCGUGGUUUUACAGUUGCAAAUUUCAACAGUGACAUCGAGGCACCCGACAACUUCAACGAUACUCUAACUGAAACAGACUUAAUGUCUCAUCCGAGAUACACCGGACGCAGAGGAUCUAAAUCGCUACCUGCUUCGCCAUUAUCAUCACCCAAAUCAAUGAGAAAAGCCACUGCAAAUCCAUUUUUUACCGGCCACUUUGCAACCAACCCCGGUUCCGGUGAAAAUAAUCAAAAGGGUUGGUUCUUGUCCGGCUUGUUGGGCAUUCAGCGCGAGUCGGCUAUUUCCACACAAUCGGUAGUGUCUAAUAUAAGUGAGGAGGCCGAAGAGGCACUGGAAAUACCGGCUGCAACAAACAAAGCACAGAAACCGUUGCAAGCGAAACCGAGUGAAUUGAGAGAAAUGAACUUUUGGUCACCGACGUCGAUGUAAAGAAUUUUGUUCGUUUGUUACGUUCCAUUGGAUGAUUAAUUAGUUUUGUGUUUUGUUUUAAUUUUUUUUUUAAAUUACUCACUAAAAUUGAAUGUGAAGCCGUUGGAAUUUGUUCGAAUAGGCAAACUGUUGCAUUACCAUCAGCCAAAAUGAAGACAGGAAUAUUGUAUGGCUGGUUGGGUGCAUACAAUUUACAAUUCGAACAAGUUCCGCGGCACGAUAAUAAGUUCUUUUCAAUAUGACAAAAUCGAGACAGAAGUUUAAGCUAAGUUUUGUGUUAGGAAACGUUUUUAAGUCUAUUUGAUAUAAGAAAAUUCUGUGAAAGUGAAACAAGAAACUUGCAACUUAAAAUGAGUAUUUCAGUAGGUUUUUUCUAUCGCGCUGUUUUGACUAAAAGACACUUUUAGGACGAAAAUUUGAUUGUAAUUUAGCGUUACGAUUUCAUUACAAUAAAUCUAAGGCAUUUUGCAAAUGCAAA